UUUACUACGUAGUUCGAGUCAUUCACAAAGAAACAGCAAAACGAAUGAGUUUGCCAGAAAAUUUUCUCCAACAUAUAAUAAAAAUUGUAUCUCAUGUUUAUUUUUCAAAGUGUGAUGAUAAAAUAAAUAUUUGUGCAUUUAAAUAAAACAAUCCUAUUCGUGCGGUGGAAUUCGAAAGAUAUUUAGACAGUAAAAUCAAAUUGAGACAAAUUAAACAAAAAUGGAUCGACAUUCGCGAAGCCCGGACCAAUUAGAUGGUAGGCGUUAUGGUCGCCGCAGAAGACAUAGUCGUUCAAGAUCUAGAUCACGUGAUCGACGUAGACGAUACAGUCGUUCAUUAAGUAGAGAGAGAAUUUAUCGUCGAGGUCCUCCAAGUCCAGAUUCGUAUCGUGACAAUUGUGAUCAAAAUUACGAUGAUAGAGAUAGAUACAAUAGGCGUGAUCGCAGAGACAGAGAUCGAUACAAUUUUCGUGGAAGAGCUUCAUCGGAAUCAAGCAACGACAGCUAUAGCAAUGAGCAUGUCAAUUAUCGUAAUCAAACGCCCAGCAACAAAAUCAUCGUUCUUGGUCUUGCCAAACACCUGACUGAAGCGGAUAUUAAUGCGGAUCUUCAUAUGUGUGGCAUUCAACCUCAGUCGAUUCGUCUGAUUCGAAAACGAAAGACAGGUACAUCACGUGGUUUUGCUUUUGUGGAGUUUAAUACUGAAGAGGAAGCAACUCGCUGGAUGGAAUAUAAACAGGGUGUGCUCAUGAUUCAAGAUCAAUACCGUGCCAUUAUGCAGUACAGUGUGUCUAAGGAAUCGAGCGGUCAUGAUAAAAUCCUAACCGAUUGGUAUUGUGCAAAAUGUGGUGUCUUCAAUUUCAAGCGUCGUGAUAAUUGCUUCAAAUGUAGCGCAUCGCGGGAAGAAAGCGAAAAAGGUGGCGAGGGAAGCGAUGAAGUUAGCAAUAUUUUGACGAAAAAAAUCAUGCUACGAAAUCUGGAUGUAUUAACAAAUGAGGAAGGAGUAUUAACCUCAAUGCAAGAUGUCAUUCCGACGCUUGUUUCAAAAAUUUCCAAGAUACUCAUCUGUCGUGACCCGCUCACAUCCACAUCUCGCGGAAUUUGUUAUUUAUUUUUCGAUAAUCUUGUCGAUUCGAUGAAUACGCAUAACGCAUUAAAGUCACUUGAGCCUCCAUUGAAUAUUGACAAUCGAGAGAUUAUCAUAACGUACUGUGUUGAUUCCGAUAAUCGACAAAUUCAUUCGCGCCAAAACAGUGGCAAAUCCCAUCUGGAUUCGAUGCAAAGUAGCAAAUCGCAGUAUACUUUAGCCGAUGUACCACGUUUGGCCGAAUACAGUGCUUCGGUUUAUGCUAAAAAUGCUGCCGAACAGGAACACUAUUAUAAAUACUAUACGGACUAUUACACGGAGCAGAUAAAUAGCGGGCAAUAUAGCAACAUACCGACAAUAAGUCAAAUCGGGGAGACAGCCAAUUCAGGAGCGGCUGUUGCACUGUCAGCCAUUCAACGGAAACAACACAAACAGUACGAGAAAAUUUCUCAAGCGCAAUCUGUUGCCGCCGCCGCACUACAAAUACCAAAUGGACAGGAUAAUCGGAAAUAUCCAACUCCGGACAGUACACAGUACCAAUACGAUGACACAUCUGGCUAUUAUUACGAUCCAACAACUGGUUUAUACUAUGAUGCCAAUUCACAAUAUUAUUACAAUAGUGAAAUUGCAAAGUAUCUCUACUGGGAUCAAGAUUCACAGACCUAUGUGCUAGCAUCACAAUCGGAUGCCGGAGCGAAUAAUACGGAUUCAAUGUCCGCAUGUUAUGGUGAUAAAAGUGCUUUAAAUAGUACAACGGCAGCAGUCGCAUCAUCAAAUGGAUCAAAUGCUCAAGCGACAGAUGGAAAUGAAGACAAUAGCAAAGACAGCGAUAGCAAACGGAACGAUCCAAAACAAGACAAAGUGAAAGUGGCAAAGAAAAUUGUAAAAGACAUGGAACGAUGGGCAAAACAAUUGAAUCAAAAGAAAGAGAAUGCAUUUCAGCCGAUGCAAGCUAUUGAAGAGCCAAUCGUUCAACCAUCGAGUAGUCGUCAAGCACCGUUGCAACGAAUUGGAAAUGGUUAUGCCGAUGUUGGUUUUACAAUAAUGGAAAAUCGUGAAACACGCAUGAAACCUUCGUUGGAUGCCGGUGCCGGUAAAGCACUCAAUAAAUUACUGCCGUAUGCCUCUGAUUCGGAUAAUGAAGCGGAUCAAAGUGGACCAAAUGGAAAUGGUGGAUCUCUUAGCGAAAAGGACUUAGUUGAUUUUUCCAAAUUGACGUGUUUGUUGUGUAAACGCGCAUUCCAGUCUCUAGAGAUUCUGAACAAGCAUCUGAAAAUGUCAAAUUUGCACAAAGAAAAUCUACAAAAGCUCAAUUUAAAUGCACAAAAUGAACGUGCAAGCGGAAAUGGCAUGGCGUACAGAGACAGAGCUAAAGAACGCCGUCUGAAAUACGGCGAGGUGGAUCCUCCACCACCUAAUCGAUCUCGCGAACGAUUUGAAAAAGAAAUACGAAAACAAACGGCUCAAAUGCAAAAGCAAACCACUUCCAAUCUGGCGAAUGUGCCUAUUGAUCAGUCGAAUGUUGGUAAUAGACUGCUUCAGAAAAUGGGAUGGUCAGAGGGUCAAGGACUGGGAAAGAGUAAUCAAGGAAGAACAAACAUUAUUGAAGCGGAAAGUAGAGCACGCAGCGCUGGAUUGGGCUCUAAAUCAACAAGUUUCGUGCCUGGCGAUGAUUAUCGGUCUUAUAUUAAACGAAUGAUGAAACAAAGAUACGAGCAAAGCGACUAGUGUCACUUCGUUUGGAAUUCUUUUAGUGUUUAACUAUUUAAUUACUCAUUUAAUUAAGAUUAAUAAGACUCUGGAAAUUGCAUUAUACUUGGGCAAACGUUUCGAAAAUGUUGCCCGCCUUUUUAUUAGAAGGAAUUAAUUUUUAGCGAACCGUAAUAAAAUUUUGGAAUAAACAAA